GAUGCUCCUCAAGCCUCAAGCGUCACUCUAGUCUUUGUUGUGAAAAAAGAGUGAAGAGCUUGACUGCUUGAGAGCUUGACAUAAUUGUUUUUAAAAUUUGAUUUGCCAUUUUUUUUUUUUAAACAUGACUAAUUCUACUUUCAUUAUUGAUAACGGUGCCUGCACGGCAAAAGUUGGUUUAGCCAGCGAGAUAUCCAAACUAGUUCCAAAUUGCAUAAUGAAAGCAAAGAGCGAACGUCGCAGACCUUUCAUAGGAAACCAAAUUGAAGAAUGCAGGGAUGCUUCUGGGCUAUUUUAUAUCUUACCCUUCGAAAAAGGUUAUCUAGUGAAUUGGGAUAUACAGAAAACAGUAUGGGAUUAUAUAUUCUCAAAAGAGUCUUGUUCGGUUAACUUAAAUCAGCUGUCUGUAGUAGUGACCGAACCUUUAUUUAACUUCCCAAGUAUUCAAGAAGCCAUGACAGAGAUCUUUUUCGAGGAAUACGAAUGUCACAGUCUUCUAAGGAUAAACGCAGCAAGUCUUUCAUGUUAUAAUUAUAGAGCAGAGUAUCCUACUACAAAAUGCUGUAUAGUAGUGGACAGUGGUUACAGUUUUACGUACAUUAUCCCUUAUGUUAAUGAUGCCAAGAUAAAAGAAGGAAUACGAAGAAUAGAUGUGGGUGGCAAACUUUUAACAAAUCACCUGAAAGAGAUAAUAUCUUAUCGUCAGCUGCACGUUAUGGAUGAAACAUAUGUAAUUAAUCAAGUGAAAGAGGAUUGUUGUUUCGUAUCCCAAGAUUUCUUUAAAGAUAUGGAACAAGCCAAAUAUAAAUUGGAAAAUAAUACCAUCGUUAAGGAUUAUGUUUUGCCAGAUUAUACAACUCUACGACGUGGAUACCUCAAGGAUCCAGAGCCAUCGAACGAGCAACAAAUUUUACGUUUGACUAAUGAGAGAUUUACGAUACCAGAAAUAUUAUUUCAUCCAUCGGAUGUUGGCAUUCGACAAAUGGGUAUCCCAGAAGCUAUUAUGGAUUCUAUAAAGGCUUGCAGCGAAGAAACGUGGCCUCAUUUUCUAUCCAAUAUUAUUCUUACUGGUGGUAACGCAAAGUUUCCAGGAUUUAAAGACAGAGUCUACAAAGAAGUUAGAAGUUUAGCUCCAGCCGAAUACCCUGUGAACGUCUACUUGCCACAAAAUCCAAUUACUUACGCGUGGUAUGGCGGAAAACAACUUUCACAAGACUCAAUAUUUCCUAAUCUUUUGGUAACGAGGGAAGAGUAUGAAGAAGAGGGACCAUCUGUAUGUUUUGAAAAAUUUGACGUAUAACACUUUUGCUUUUGUUAUGCAAUAUCUUAAAAUAAAAAAAUUUGCUAUUGUAUACUAUUAAUCAAUGUCUAAAAAUAUAAAUGU